AUGCUUUCCCCCCGCCUCUCACUUCUCUCCUUUCCUUUCUCUUCGCCGUCCAAACAGCGGUUACUAUUGUCGGUCGCUUCUUUCAGGUCCAUGUCUUCUCGCCAGCAGCCGCCAUGGCGGCAACCGGCUUCCAGCCCGGAUGCGCAGCUCCCUGCGUUGAAGGUUUGGAACUCGUUGACCAAGUCUAAGACUCCCUUCGUCCCGAUCGAUCCUGCAGGAAAGAAAGUCGUUUGGUACGCGUGCGGACCAACUGUUUACGACGAUGCGCAUCUCGGACACGCCCGCAACUAUGUUAGCACCGAUAUCAUUCGGCGAAUUAUGCGCGACUACUUCAAGUUCGAUGUCAACUUUGUUAUGAACAUUACAGAUGUGGAUGAUAAGAUCAUUCUCCGUGCCAGACAACAACACCUGUUCAAUGAAUUCGUCGCGAUCAACCCUACUAUUACCCCGGAGGUCCUCGACACUGUUAAUAAGGCUUUCAUCGCCUACCUGAAGAAGAACCUCCCCUUGCUCGACUCCGAACUUCCUGCAUCGAAGUACCAUGAUGAGGUCGGAAAAACAUACGCGACUAUCUUGAACGGCGGAGCUUUGCCAGGAAACGAGAAGGCUGGUGAUGAUGAGGCCAAGGUCAAAAUGCACAUCAAGACGGCUGCAUCGGCCGCCAAAGUUAUCGCGCAGGCAGAAACCCGUGAUAGCUCAAGCGCCGAUCCUGCUCUCUUUGCUGAGUUGUUCUACUCGAGCGCUCAAGAUCUUAUCCUGCCUUACCUCGAUGCCCUGAAGGGUGCACUCGUUGAUGCGGGUGAUCACAGCAUCUUCACAAAGUUGACUAAGAGAUAUGAGGAACGGUUCACCAAGGAUAUGCGGGAUUUGAACGUCCUUGACCCCACAGAGUUGACUCGUGUGACGGAAUAUGGCGAUGAGAUUGCGGCUUUCGUGGAGCGCAUUGUCAAGAACAACUUUGGAUACGCCACAGAGGAUGGAUCGGUCUACUUCGAUAUCAAUGCCUUCGAGGCUGCGGGCCACCCCUACGCUCGACUUGAGCCGUGGAGUCGGUCAGACAAUAAGUUGGCUGCAGAGGGCGAAGGCUCUCUGGCUAGCAAAACCACAGAGAAGCGUGGUGCUUCCGAUUUCGCUCUCUGGAAGUCCUCGAAGCCAGGCGAGCCAAGCUGGUCCAGCACUUGGGGCAAGGGCCGCCCUGGAUGGCACAUUGAGUGCUCAGCUAUGGCAUCAGCUCGACUGGGUAAGCAGAUGGAUAUCCACUCUGGUGGUAUCGAUCUCGCUUUCCCCCAUCACGAUAAUGAACUGGCUCAGAGUGAAGCUUAUUGGCACAAUAGCCAAGACCAUGGCCACGACCACGGCCACGACCAAUGGGUCAACUACUUCCUGCACAUGGGACACCUGUCCAUCCAAGGAUCCAAGAUGUCCAAGUCGCUGAAGAACUUCACUACCAUCCGCGAAGCGCUCGACCGGAAAGACUGGUCGCCCAGAAGUCUGCGCAUUGUCUUCCUCCUGGGUGGUUGGAAGGACGGCGUUGAGAUCACAGAAGAUCUGGUAAACACCGGUAGCUCUUGGGAGGAAAAGGUGAACAACUUCUUCCUCAAGGUGAAUGAUCCUACAGCUCUCCAGUCGUCGGGCACCGACACCACCUUUGCUGCUGAUCUGGAAGCGGCCAAGAAGGCCGUCUAUGACCAACUCUGCGACUCUUUCAACACCCCCGCCGUCAUGGCAACAAUUUCCGAACUUAUCUCCAAGUUCAACAUUGUUGACAAGGCUACCGUGCCCCCUCAAGAUGUUCAGGCUGCAGGCCAAUGGGUGACCUCUCUGGUCAACAUAUUCGGUCUCAACGGCACCGCCUCUGCCGACAGCACUGAAAUAGGUUGGUCUGGCAUUGACAUUCCCGAGGAGGCCAAGGCCUACUUGUACCCGUUGUCAGCUAUGCGUGACACCCUCCGCGAAGCCGCCCGGUCCAAGGCUGGAAUCUCUGCCAAGGAUAUUGAGGCUGCCGUUGCCCAAGCAUCAGCACCCCAGGAAGCUGAUGAGUCUGCCAAGCCAUGGGCGGAGCUCUUCUCCAACUUCCGCGCCAAGGUCGUGUCUUUGGAAUCCUCCGAAUCUAUUGGCAAGGACAUCCUGUCCCUGUGCGACCGGGUGCGAGACAUCGACCUCUUCGAUGUCGGCAUCGCUCUCGAGGAUCGUGAGAACCAGCCCGCCCUGGUCCGUCCCGUCACCCAAGAGAUGCUCAAGGCACGGGAAGAGAAGGAAGCCCGUGCUCUCCAGAAACAGGCCGACAAGCUCAAGAAGGAGCAGGAGGCUCUCAAGAAGCUGGAAAAGGGCAAGCUGAGCCACCUGGAGAUGUUCCGCACCAAUGAAUACAGCACCUGGGAUGAAGAAGGCAUGCCUACUCGUGAUGCUGCCGGCGAGGAGAUUACCAAGAGCCGAGCCAAGAAGCUCCGCAAAGACUGGGAACGCCAGAAGAAGGCCCACGAGGCGUGGUUGGCCGCUCAAGCUAAAUAA